AUGGAUCCGCAGCAGCAGCAAACGAGCACCGAAGCCCAACCUCAGGCACAAGACACCAACGGCGCCUCUCAGUUCGAUCCCAACUUGGCGGCCCAAAUGUCGAAUCCAGACGCCAUGACCGGCAUCCUUCCAGGCCAGGGCUUCGUCCCAGACCCAAACAUCGCUAGUCUAUCCAUGGGCGACCCCUCCAUGAUGCUACCCAUGAUGUUUGCCAACGGCCAGGUGCCCCCACCGAUGCAAGCAACAAAGCCCAUAUCUGCCGAUGAAAUCGCGCUGUAUGAUCGCCAGAUCCGCUUAUGGGGUAUGGCCGCCCAGGCCAAGAUUCAAAACGCGAACAUCCUGCUCAUCACCAUGCGCGCGCUCGCCAACGAGGUCGCCAAGAACCUUGUCCUCGCGGGCGUCGGCUCCCUCACCAUCCUGGAUAGCGCACCCGUCACGGAAGCUGACCUCGGAGCGCAGUUCUUCCAAAACGACGGCAGCAGCCACGUGGGCCAGAACCGCGCAGAGGCCGCCGCGCCCGCCCUACGCAGACUCAAUCCUCGCGUGCAAGUGCAUGUCGACGCCGAGGGCGUCAAGACCAAGGGGCCUAGCUACUUUGCGGGCUUUGACAUUGUCAUCGCCACGGACCUGGACCCGGACUCGUUCAACCUCAUCAACACGGCGACGCGCAUCAACGGCAAGGCGUUUUACGCGGCGGGCACCCACGGUCUCUACGGCUUCAUCUUUAGCGACCUCAUCGAGCACGACUACGUGAUUGAGCGCGACGCCGGCAACGUCGCGACCCAGCCGCGCCAGGAAACCCGCACACGGUCCAUCAUCAAUGUCACGACAAAGAGUGAAGGUGGCAAGACGGUCGAGUCCGUCACAAAACGUGAGCUGUAUUCUACCUGGUUCCUCGCCAGCGACCUCGCCACGCUGCCCGACGAGUACACGUCGUCCAAGCGGCGCCUGCGCAGCGUCACGCCCGCGCUGUCGUGCCUGCGCGCUCUCUGGGAGUUUCUGCAGGUGUCCAACGGCAGCGGUCUACCGGCGACGCGCGACGACCUCAAGCUCUUCACACAGCUGGCAACGCAAAAGCACAAGGCGCUGCGCCUGCCGAGCGAGACGCUACGGCCCGAGUUUCUGCGCGCCUUCCUGCAGAAUCUCGGUGCCGAGGUUGCCCCCGUCGCCGCCAUCCUCGGCGGCCAGCUCGCGCAGGACGUCAUCAACGUCCUCGGGCAGAAGCAGCAGCCAAUUCAGAACACCGUCAUCUUUGACGGCAACACCAUGGAGGCACUCGUCUACGCCCUGCACCCGGAGGGUAAUCUGGGUGCCAAUUUACUGUCAGGCGGUGGUGGGGAUAUGAAUGGUGGCGCGGCGGCGCUGGGCGGCGGUAUGCCAAUGGACAUGAAUGGCUUUGGCAUGAUGCCUACACAUGCUAGCUUUGCCUUGGAUGGCAGCGCCGGGCUUGCGCAGAAUGCCAUGGCCAUGCCAGACUUGCAGCAGCAGCAGCAGCAGCAGCCGCCGCAGCCGCAGCCGCAGCCGUCGCAAGAGGGCGUGCAGCCUGCUGUUCCGGUGCAGCAACCGCCCGCGCAGCAGCCCGUGUCCGCACCGGAGCAGUCGCCGCAGGACCCUGCGGCGGCCGUCUCUGGCGAGCCUGCGCAGACCAGCUGA